AUGGAUAUCAACGAAAUUUCAACGAGAAUCGUUGGAAGUUACAUGAUUCUUGCAGGAUCCAUCGGUGUUUUGGUAAAUGUGUUCAUGUUUUAUCACUUCAUAUCACUUGAAAAAACUGUUUUUUACAUUCUGUGCUCGUCGAAGUCCAUCUCUAAUACUUUGGUCCUACUGAUCUAUUUCGGUUAUAUUGGGCCUAUCAAUGCUUUUUACACCGCAAUUGGGUCUGGCACGUUAAGCAGUUAUCUGAAUCAGGCAAUGGGGUUCGGGCUGUAUUUGCAAGGCCCCACAACCCAACUAAUGAUAACCAUUAACCGAUUCCUUGUGGUAUGGUUUUCCCCGGUUAACACUCCAAGGUACAGUACACGGAUUACUGUAGCCGCAAUGGGAAUCUCAUGGAUUUUCACAGUUUGGUUCUCAACUCUAGUUGGAAUGCCGGCUAUCUGCCGUAUCCCAUUCCUAUUCGAUCAUGUGCCAUAUCCCGACUAUCAGGAAAAUGAUUUUAAAUGCACUGACACUUUGAUCACCUGCCUGGUAUCUGGCUUGUUUUUAUUGGCAAUAUCUACAAAUUUCAUGAACAUUUUGAUAGCUGUCAAGUUGUUUUGUUUGUCGAAAUCCACCAGCUCCCUUUCCUCGGAAACCGCCAAAAAUCGCCGAAAAAUGAAGAUCCGCUUUUUCCUCCAAUCAUGCUUCCAAGAUUGGAUUUGUAUGCUGGAUGUGGCAAUGAACUUCACUUCCAUCGAAUUCUGUGGGAGCCACGUAUGUGCAGUGCUCAUCAGUAUGGGAUUUGAUGUACUCGUCUAUGUGAUGGAUGGAUUGAUCAUGUAUUUCUUCAACUAUCGCUUGAAUUUACCCAAAUCAAGUCAGUGGAAAACUGUAUCGGUUGGCUCUACGAAGACGAAAAUUUCAGUUGCAAUAUCCCCAGUGUCUCCGUGA